AUGCAUGGCAGACUUGCGUAUUGGAACGAGGCCCGCUACCAUAUCCUGUUUGAGUACAGCGAUGCACCAUGUCUCCCUGGCAUGCAGAACACGGCAUUCUUGCAAAAGGUUGGCCUGAGCGAAUUCCACCACCGUGACGGCCUCGGUGUGUCCAUGCCACUCUUCUCCAUGGUGACAUGCAUUCAUUCACACCGAAGCAGCGACGCGUUCCGCCCGCACAAACAGGAAAUACCUCGUCACCUUCAGGUGUGGGUACCACCAAGUCUGCUCGUUCUUGAUGCCAUGUGCAACCACCUCCCCAGGCUGCACAAUGGCAGGGACAUUGUGUUGGUGUGCGCGUGCCGGUGGUUUGGCGAAGAGCGCAUGAGCCGUGAGGGGGAAGAGGAAGAGUUCAACAAGUACACGUACACGGAUCUGGCGCUGAAGACCAAGGUUGGGCUCAUCGUGGAAGGAUUUGGCGACCACUCCUGGUGUGUCCCUACCAGGACCUUCUGGACUGGGAGACGUUUAGCAUUCGCAUUCCCGAGCACAGACUCCUCGAGCUUCCGAGGAUCCUGCGGUCGAUCUGAUGAGGUGGUGGAGAUGAUGCAGAGACGCGUUGUGUUUGUGUUUGAGGAGUUCUUCAAGUCUCUCUCCACCCAAGUGCACACAGCGCUGGAGUCUGCCAGGAUCAACCCGUUCAGCGGCGACAACGCCUGGCAGGGCCCUUGA